CCUGAAUACACCCGCCGCGAGCAGAGAUUGUUAUUUGCUCCCAUGCACCUGCGUGCUCCAGAUUGAAUAGAGCCCCUGCCAUCUGAUGGAUCGCGCUAAGCAGGGGAGGUUUUUCAAGGCAAACAAUUUAAGCAUAUAGAGACCCAAGGCAGCGGAAAAACGCCUUCUCUGGCAAACAGUGCACAUAAUAUGUUUCGUGAAACCCGUGUGUUUUACUUGACUAAUCCCUUUUAUUGUACACGCAGAAUUGCAAUCGAAAUUGCUUAGCACUCUUUGUGUCAGGAUAUUUUCAUCUUUUUGGGUUCCAAAAAUUUCAUGUUUAUUUUAAAAUUUUGGAGUGGAAUUUCACGAAAACUAAAAUAAGCAACACUCUGAAAAUUAACAAAAUUUUCAGCAUUCUUUUUUGCUUCGGCGGGCCAUAAUUAAUUUUUAUUAAUAUUAUAAAAUUGAAAAACCAGAAAAUCUUUUAGUAAAUAAAAAUCCUGUUCGGUCCUGUUCUGGAUAAAAUAUUUCCGGUUCCGUGUGAAAACCCGGAAAAUAACAAGAUUCCGGUUUCCAGUUAUAUAGUUUCUUGUCUUGGAAUACCAUGAACCCGUCGAAUUUUAACAGAAAAACACCUUAAUAGUCGCUACUACUGGGGAGUUAUUCUGUCUCGUGGCCCGAUUAAAUGCCUGGGUACGCAAAAGUUGAAACGUAAAUCUAGAUUAAUGGCAAAUUCUUGAAUAAUUUAAUCAGUAAAGAGAAGUCCUGACCAAAUUGCAAUUGACACUUAAAUGCAGUACUUUGUAUUGCAAGACGAAGGGAAGUUUGCAUCAAAUGUGCUGCAUUGCAUAAUAAACACUUUUACCACCACGCACAGCAAUAAUUGAAUUCUUAAUUUAAACAAUUAACCAUCUGCUUGCAUUUAGUCCGAUGAGAGACGCACUAACAAUUAAAACCAACCUUAGCAAUUUAAUAUAAUAAUUUGACUAAUCAGUUUUAUUUGUCACAACAAUAUUUUUACAGUGUAAAAAUGCCCGACAGCAGUGAGUACACCGACUACAGCAGUGACGAGAGUGAAGAAAGCAAUACUCAACACCCUCAACCAACUACAAAUCGAUGUAAAAAAUGCGAAAUCACGCAAGAUUUUCAUCAAAUGCAACUAGGAUUUUAUACAGAGAGCGAGUUUUAUGAUUGCUCUUUCCGCGUGGGAAAAGCAGAUCACAUCAAGAUUUUCAAGUGCCACAAAUUAGUUCUGGCAGCACAAAGCAAAGCGUUUGCUAAAAUGCUCAUCGGCUACUUUUCAGAGGGGCAUCUAAGUAGAGAUGAACCUAUUACAUUUAACGAUUGCAAACCAAGCACAUUUGACUUGGCCAUGAGAUUCAUUUAUGGCAACGUUCAAGAAUUUUCGACUAUUCCCAUGGCUUGCGACGUGUAUAUAUUCGCUCACAAAUGGCAGUUCCCGAAAUUAAAACAAGCCGCUAUUAACACUUUAAGGAAGUCAAAAUCGGACGAGGUCCUGAUGGUUUACGAAAUGCACGAACUUCUGGGUGAUGUUGAAGAGAAGGAGCACUAUAAACAGUUCAUCUUGGGAAACACAAGCGAGGUUCUGAUCUCUCCAUCUUGGAUCCACGCAUCGUCAUCAACAGUUGAAGAGAUUUUUAAGGAACCAGUGUUGAAAUUGGCUUCCGAGAUGGAACUCUUUGACGCUUUGGUCCGAUGGGGUAAAGAAAAUUCUGAUUCAGCCCCAAACUUGCGACUGAAAAUUGACAGCGCUUUGAAAGAAAUUCGUUUCAUGACCUUAAGUGCUCAUGUCUUUACUGAAUUGUGCAAAUCGAAUCCUGAGAUUUUCAGCUUACAAGAAAAGUAUCAAAUAUUGACUAGCAUCUCAAUUGGUGAUGCAAAGGAAAUGCCUCCCAAUUUCAAUAAUAUUUGCUACAAGCGCAGGAAGAUAUCAACCUUAGACUACAAUUUUUUCACUGAACCACCUAAGGUUGAAUCUGAUACGCUAGUAAGCUGUGACUCUCCGCACUCGCGCACAAUCCUCUCUUUUCAUACAGAUCAAGUGUACAUUGAAAGUGUUGAGCUUGACUGUUUAGUCAUGGAAAAAAACAAAGGACUAGAGGCUAAUUUGAUUUGCUCCGUGACUGAGUAUAAGUCUGGCAAGCAGGUGGCUGUUGUCAAGUUCAAAGGUCUGAUACACAAAGAUCUAAGAGUGUUGCAUUUUCCUCGGCCAGUUCCGAUUAAGAAAAAGACGUAUUACUCAAUAUCUGUUGAAUAUUUGAACCAAAACCCAUUGUGCUCGAGAAAAUACAGUUAUGAACCUGGAACUGUAUGUUGCGCCGCUGUUAAAAAAACAAAUCUUCAAAUUACUGUGAAACAGAAAGAUUUGGAUUUUCACGUCGAUUUGAACAAAAUAAGGUUGCUCGUCCUUCACUAAAGCUGCGUGAGUAAAUUUAAUAACAGCAAUAUGAAUAAACGAUUUGUUUUUAUUUCAUACAUAGUACUCCCAUUUCCCAUUGAAAAUAACGAUGAAUAAGUAAUAUAAGUCAAAUUAUCAAAGGCCAAUGAAAAACUUUAGAUUAAAAUAUUUAAAUCUAAAAAUA